GAGAUAUAUAUAUAUAUAUAUAGAGAGAGAGAGAGAGAGGGGUUGCGAGAGGCUUUAUAUUAUCUUAUCAUUCCGUUACUGAAUGCCUUCUUUGGUUACAGCACAUUUGCAGAUUCAAUUUUCCACUUAAAUUGGCAAACUCAUCUCCCUACUCUUUCUCUCUCUAAAAACCUUCCCCAAUCUCUACACGAAUCAGCAAACUCUCUCCAGUAUAAGGAAACCGGACUUUCCUUCUACGCUGAAAUGGGGGUUAACCACAGUUUCAUUUGCAGCCAUAGACUUUCCCAUUUCACCGCUUGUCUUCUCUUUCUCUCAAUUUUGAGCUCUACCCAUUUCAGUUUAAUGGCUGAAGGCAGAGCAAUGCCAAUUCCGGAACAUAAAAAGUCCAUUUCCGAUGAGAUGGUAAAUGAAGAAGAGAAGGCAAUAGUGAGAGCAAGAAUUGGGUCAAGGCCUCCAAGGUGCGAGAGAAGGUGCAACUCAUGUGGGCAUUGCGAAGCCAUUCAAGUGCCAACAAAUCCACAAGUCAAAUCCGGAACAACAAAACAAUCUUCAUUGCUCUCCAACGUCCAAUACGCAAGAGGCCAAGACAACUCCAACUACAAGCCCAUGAGUUGGAAGUGCAAAUGUGGGGAUUUCAUCUUCAACCCCUAAAAUUAAUAUUAUUAAAAAAAAAUUCCCAAUUUUUGAUAUAAGUAGUAGUGUAAAUAAUUAAAUGCAUG